AGCGUGAGCCUUCCUUCUGAGCUCCAGGCCGCUAGGACAUACUGCCUCCUGGAUGCCUCUUGGGGCCCGUCGCCUACUUGGACUCACCAGGUCCACAGUAUGGUGAAGUCCAUGGUCUUCCGCAGCAAGACCAUGCCUUUCCCGGCACCCGCCACUGUCCAUCCGCCCGUGCUCCAGCCCGAGGCCACCUCCCUGCUCCCAGCUCCCAGCCACCAGUCAUCACCAAGUUCUGCCACGUCUACCUCCCAAACAGAGCUAGAGCCUGGCUUCUCUUCUGCAGGUCGAGAGGCACCGCCUCUUCUGUCAGCUACUCCUGCACUCGUUCUCCACACGCAGGUCAGAGUGGGCUUUCUGGAAAGCAGCUCCUCUCCUGCCCAAUAGCCUUCAGUGGCUCCCUACUGUCCUGAGGAAGGAGUCUGAAUCGCUUACCACCCCUGGUAGACAGGGUUGUCUUCCGGCCCUUCUGACUGCACUGCUCUCAUCCCCUAUGACCCCUACCCCUCACUGCAGCCAAGGGCCUGUCUUGUAGGAUGGGAAAUGGGCCGUGUCCUCCCUAUCUUAGGAUCCUUCAGAAUCUGUAAAAUGGGUUUAAUAAUUGUACUCAUCUCAUACGGGGUCUUAAAGCAUCCUAGAACAGUACCUGGCAUGAAGGAAGCACUGUAUAAGUGUACAAGUCAGAAUAAAGUAAAGUACAUAAGCUCAUUUAUCGAGUACCUGCCCUGUGUGGGGCACCGGCUAGGCUUUCUGCUUCCAGAAGAUGGAGCACGUCCCCUGCCCUCACGGAGCCCACCAUGCCUUCUGGGGGACAUUCUUCCUUCCUCUCCACAUGCCGCUGUCCCUCCCCUGGAGGAUUCUUGUUCAUUUACCUGCCCCCUGGCCCCCCACCAACCCUGUAGGACCAGGUGGCCCUUCCUCGCCCCUCCUCAUGUCCUCAACAGCCUCUUGCGUAUCUGAUGAUGCCUGACCUCACGCUGGUCCUUCCCACAGCCCACUCCAUCUUGGUGGGUGGCACCCCCAUCAGUGGCUCCGGCCGAAAGCCUCAGAGUCAUUCUUGACCCCUACUUGUCCCCUUUUCUCUGACGCAGCCCCCAAACUCCAUUCUGUCAGCAAAGCCUGUUGACUCUACCUUCACAGCAGAUCUAGAAUUUAACCUCUUCUUACCUCUUCUUCCCUACAACCCUGGUGCACCUGGUACCUGGUGCCUGGGCUAGUCCAGUGGCCUCCUCAUGGGUCCCUGCUUCUGCCCUUGACCCCAGAGGCCAGAGGGAGCCUUUGAAGUCUCACCUCUGUGCCCCAAAUCCUCCAGUAGCUUCUCUCCUCGCUCAAAUAUCUGUUAAGGGAAGGCAGGAAAAAAGGCACGACUGAAUGAAUGAAUGGCCUUUUCCACAUCUGUAGUAGCUGGCACGCAGUAGGUGCUGAGAAAACACCUGCAGCAAGAAUACAUGGGGCCCCAGCGAGGGGGUGAGGACCCGAAGCACACAGUAGGCGCGGGGGGAGCCCGGUGGGCUCUUUGGCCGAGGUGUCUGGUUCUUGCUGCUGCCGCCCCUCCCCUCCACUCUCUGGGCUGGGGGUGGGGCAGGCAGGCAGAGCCCAGGCCAUUUUGGGGCCCUGGCCGGACUUCCUCACUAUCCUGGGUGGGGCUGGUGAUGUGGCUUUCGCUUCUGGGAACCCUAGCUGGACGGCAGUUCUGGGAAGGCUGCUGACCCGUGGAGAAGUGUAUCCCUACCCCCCCCUGCCAGACCAGCUCAGCAGACGCUUCAGGCCAGCGUAAGAUUGUGGAGUUUCAGGGGUCAGCGGUUCCAGAGGGAGGUCACCCGCAGCGCCUGCUGUCCCGGGCUUCCUAUCCACAUGCCUCUUGUCAGAGGACCGGCUGCAUCCUGUCUGCUGAUCCAGCCUCCCACUCCCUCCACGUCGGUUUGCAGCCAAGAGAGGGGAGAGGACCCGGAGGCCUGCACACCCCACUGGCUUCAGGAAGAGCCCCGCUGGGUCACUUCUGUGCCGCUGCUGGCUUCUGACAUUUCAAGACUCGCCACUCAUCUCCCCGCAAAUAAAAAGACAGGCGCUGUAGGAUCUCCCAAUGGGGUGGCUUCACUCUGGGCUCACGUUUUCAGUGGGCUGUCUGAUCCUGGUGUGGGCGGCAGGCUGUGGCUCCAGCUGCUCAGAGGUCUCCUGUGUCUCCCCAGGGAGCGUGAGGGUCGUGCAGGGGCCCACCUGCUUCUCCGACUACGUCAACAUCUCCACCUGUGAGUGGGAGAUGGCCCGGCCCACCAACUGCAGAGCCGAGCUCCGCCUCUUCUACCAGCUGAAAUUCUUCUACUUCGAAAACCACACGUGUGUCCCCGAGAACAGAGCUGGCGCGGUGUGCGUGUGCCAUAUGCAUAUGGAUAACGUGGUCAGUGUGGACACCUACCAGCUGGACCUGUGGGCUGGGGAGCAGCUGCUGUGGAAGAGCGCCUUCAAGCCCAGUGAGCAUGUGAAACCCCUGGCGCCCAGAAACCUCACUGUUCAUGCCAACAUUUCCCGCACGUGGCUGCUGACGUGGAACAACCCGUACCCUCCUGAGAAUCACCUAUACUCCGAGCUCACCUACCUGAUCAACAUCUCAAAUGAGAACGACCCCACGGAUUUCAGAAUUUAUAACGUGACCUACAAGGGGCCCACCCUCCGCUUUGCAGCCAGCACCCUGAAGUCUGGAGCUUCCUACAGCGCCCAGGUGAAGGCCUGGGCUCAGAGCUACAACAGCACCUGGAGUGAGUGGAGCCCCAGUGCCAAGUGGCUGAACUACUACGAGGCGACCUUGGAGCAGCGCCUCCCGCUGGGCGUCAGCAUCUCCUGCGUCGUCAUCCUGGCUGUCUGCCUGUCCUGCUAUGUCAGCAUCAUCAAGAUUAAGAAAGAAUGGUGGGACCAAAUUCCCAACCCAGCCCACAGCCCCCUCGUGGCUGUUGUCAUCCAGGAUUCUCAGGUGUCACUGUGGGGGAAGCGGUCCCAAGGCCAGGAACCAGCCAAGUGCCCACACUGGAAGACUUGUCUUGCCAAGCUUCUGCCCUGUUUACUGGAGCAUGGCAUGGAAAGGGAUGAAGAUUCCUCCAAGGCUGCUAGAAAUGAGCCUUUCCAGUGUCCUGGAAAAGUAGCAUGGCACCCCAUGGAGGUCAACAAGACAAUCCUCUGGCCAGAGAGCAUCAGCUUGGUUCGGUGCGUGGAGCUGUUUGAGGCCCAAGUGGAGAAUGAAGAAGAGGAAGUGGAGGAAGAUAAAGGGAGCUUCUGCCCAUCACCUGACAGCAGCGGGGGCAGCUUCCAGGAGGGCAGGGAGGGCAUCGCAGCCCGGCUGACAGAGAGCCUGUUCCUGGACCUUCUCGGGGGCGAGGUUGGGGGCUUUAGCCCACAGGGCUUGGAGGAGUCCUGCCUUCUUCCACCUUUAGAAAAUCCAAGUGUUCAGAGGCCCUGGGCCACGUCCCCAAGUGUGGGGCCCCAGGAGGCAUCGUCUGAGGACAAGGAGCCUUUGAACCCAGAGUCAAGUCCUCCAACCCAGAGCCCAGCCAGGCUGGCUUUCCCAGAGAUGCCCGGCGUCAUCGCAGACAACCCCACUUACCGCAACUUCAGCACCUUCCUGAGCCAGUCCUCAGGCCCUGGAGAGCUUGACUCAGACCCACAGCUGGCCGAACACCUGGGGGAAGUGGACCCCAGCAUCCCCGCCGCCCCCCAGCCUGAGCCAGAAACGUGGGAGCAGAUCCUGCGCCAGAGCGUCCUCCAGUGCAGGGCAGCCCCGGGCCCCGCCUCGGCCCCCAGCAGUGGCUACCGGGAGUUUGUGCAGGCGGUGAAGCAGGGCGGCGCCCGGGACAGCGGGCUGGAGGGCUUUGACCCUUGCGGAGAGGCUGGCUACAAGGCCUUCUCCAGCGUGCUCACUGGCACCGCUAGCUGCCCGGGGACAUCUGGGCUUGAGCCCAGCAGUGGGGAGGGGGGCUACAAGCCCUUCCAGAGCCUCACUGCUGGCUGCCCCAGAGCCCCUGCCCCAGUCCCCGUCCCCCUGUUCACCUUUGGACUGGACGUGGAACCCCCUCACAGCCCUCAGGACUCACUCCUCCCAGGCAGCACCCCAGAGUGCCCUGGUUUGGAGCCAGUGGUCAAGGAACAAGACAGCCAGAAGGCCCUGCUAUCCCCGGAGCCAACCACAGACCCCCCCGGGGAUGACCUGGGCAAUGGCAUUGUCUACUCAGCCCUCACCUGCCACCUGUGUGGCCACCUGAAGCAAUGCCACGGCCAGGAGGAACGUGGCAAGGCCCACAUCGAGGCCAGCCCCUGCUGUGACUGCUGCCGUGGGGACGGGUCCUCACCCCCGGUGAGCCCCCUGAGGGCCCUGGACACCCAGCUCGGUGGGGCUCCAUUGGAGGCCAGCCUCUCUGCGGCCUCCCUAGCACCCUUGGGUGUCUCAGAGGAGGGUAAGUCCCCCCUGUUCUUCCAAACUGCCCCCAACAAUGCUCAGAGCUCAAGCCAGACCUCCACGGUGGUGGCCAUGCUCUCCCCAGGGCCCACGUGCACGGACGCUUCCUAGGUGCGUGCCCACUUCUUGCUGGAGUCUACAAGCGAGGACUGGGCCUUACCCAUGACUGCGAAAUGCCUCCCUCCAGAAGGCAGCCCGGCUGGCAGGGUUCCGAAAGACUCAGGGAACCCUGCUAUGAAGUGGUGAAGUUGUCCAACACUGGGGCUACGGAGACCGGCCGUCCCCGGCUCCCAACGUUGGCCCGGGCUCGCCACGUCCCAUGGGAGUGGAGGCACCUGCAGAGACCAGGAGGUUCCCGGGCGCCUUGGCUUGUGAAUGAGCUGUUGGUCAUUUCACGGGUCCACAGCUGCCCCAGUGGACUAUCGCCGUCACGCUCAAGGUGUGUUUUGUCCACCGAGUUGCUCUGUUACUCGUGUCUUGCCCAGGCCUGGGGUUAGCUGCCACCAUCUCACUGGAUCGGAUGCUGAGCCUAGAAGCUAACCAAGCCAAUGGGAGAAUGACUUGGGAGGCCUUGGGAAACUGAGGUCCAGAAAGGGUGGUCAUUUGCCCAGAGACGCCUGUUCAUUUAACAGAGGUUGACACUGGCAGCAGAGCCUGAGCUGCGGAGGGGCGCUUAGUCAAGUGGAGUUAACGAGGACAUGAAAAAUUGUGAUUACCGAGCAGUGACGGCGUGCUGCCAGUUUCCCAUGCAGCUGUAAGGUUGGGGGUUCCUGUUAAUCACUGGAUCCCCAGAACAAGCAUGCCUGGUGACCUUGGGGCCAGUGUGUGCCCCCAUGCGUGCCGUUGCUGGCAUCGGUGGUUCAGAGGGAGUGGCUCAGGUCUCCUGAUCCAGCGAGCUGGGCGUCCAAGAUGCCGACACCGGGCACGUCACCUGCACCUCGGCCCCGACCUCAGGUUGAGUAAUGUGCAUUGUUUGUGUGCAUCUCAAAAAUUGUUUCAUCACCUGGUGUUUAUGUUUGCUGAGGAGGGUAGAAUGGGAGGGGAUGGAGUUUUGUAUAAAUAAAGGUUCUUUACCUCCUUCCCCACCCUCCCCACCCCAUUUAUUAAACAAACAUACUGCCAGUCACUGUUGCGAGUGCUUUAUCUCUAUUAACUCGUAGAAUCCUCCCAUCCAGAGGUACUGAGACCAACCCAAGAGGUUAAGUAACUUCCGGUCUUCUUGGGUUUCCCUGAGACCAGGAUUCAACUGCAGUUUGUUGAAAUAGGUGGCAAUCCCAGGAAGCCCUGCUUGGAGAGUGGGGAAAGGAGUCAGGGAAGGGCAGGAGGCAAUAAAAGGUGUUAUCGCACAGAGCGCCAGCGCGGGCAACAGGUGCUUCACGCCGCGGGGGAGCUUGGGCAAGCCAGGCGCAGUGCAUGCCUAGAGGUGGGGAGCUAGCUGUUUGUCCACCAACUCCCGUCUGUCAUUGGUGGAGGGCUGCUGCCAGGGGCAACUCCCCAGCACUUCCAGCUGCUCCAGCAAAAAUUCCUCCGAUUGAGAGCUGGGGGGGUGGGGGAGGAGCGGUGUUGGAGCAGCUCUGGGCACGUGGAGAUGUGGACAGGGCUGUGAUUGGCAGCUGCCCCUUUGCCAAGGUCACACAGCUAGUGGCAGACCCAUAGCUGAGCCGUUGCUCAGCCUCUUUGUAGGUGAUCCCUGCUUAACAUCUGGGCGGUCGGUGUAUGGAGUGGGCCUCAGACAGACAGGCAGGGGAUCUUAAGCUCCUUUGUCUGCGAUCACUCUGUGUCUGGGUAGCCGCCCUGACUGCCACGCUUGCAAAAUGAAGGGCUCGGCUGUUUGAGGUUCCUUCCUGCUCUGGCAUCUUACGUAAUACAUUACAGAGGUGACGGGGACCUCACUACCUCACAUGCAGCCUAAUGUUUGUGAGAACUGCCUCCUUUGUGCUGAGCCCAAAUCUAUCCCUUUAGCUGCCUGAGUCACCACCCCACACCCACGGUUUGCAGAUGAGGGAAACUGCUCUAGAGAGGAAAAGGGACUUGCCAACGUCACACAGUGAGUGGCAGAACCUGAACUAGCCCUCUGGACCUUUUGUCUUCAAGAGUUCUUUGUAAUAAAAUAUAAUAAUUUAAAAUAAAAAUAACUAGUUAGGACCAAGCAAUUUGCUUGCUGUCGUACACUGACUGUGUCACAGCUCUAGCGAGCAGGUUAUUAUCCCAACUUUACAGAUAAGGGAGCAGGCCCAGAGAGGUUGAGGUUUAGCUUAGGGCCACACAGCUGGGAAGUCCGGGAGCCAGGAUUUGAAUCCAGGUCUGAUUGCAGAGCUCCCAGCCACCAUGGUGUGCCAUCUCAUGUACAGCAUGGCACUGACUCGAUUGUCAGCUCUGAUUAGCCUGCGGGUCAUCUCAGAAAAUCAAAUUUUAAAACUAAGCAGCCAGUGGAUAGGACUCGGUGCUUUCACUGCCGUGGCCCAGGUUCGAUACCUGGUCCCGGUAUCGGGAUCCCGCAAGCCUCGUGGGGUGGCCAAAAAUAAAAACUAAAAAAACCAAGAAAAUAUAUUUGGGUGAGCGCUGGAGAGCUGGUUGGAUUGCAAGUCCAACAGAAUUGAGACUGACUUAUUCUAUCCCCAGGAUCUUAGGAGGAAGACACCCAACUUGUCAGCUGAGGCUCAUAUUACAGAAUAUGGGCUGGGCUUUGGGAAACUAGAAUGGAGAACUAGGCAGAGACACCGCCCAUCUCUUAUCCGGAUUUCAACCCACCCUCCCAGGUUCAGGGAAGCUGGAGAGAGGUCACCGUUCUGGCUUCCCCAACCCCCUUCUCCAUCUUAACACAGGGAAGGAGGAAGCGGAGAGAGCAGGAAACACAUCCCACUGAUGUUUACUGAGAACUUACUAUGGGCCAGCCACUGUGCUGGAUGUGAGGAAACUGAGUGACACAAAGUCCCUUCCCUCUUGGAUCCUACAGUUCAGUGGGGUAGACAGAAAUGUAAAAGACAAAAGGAAAAAAUAGGAGUCUGAGGUGGGGGGGUUAGUGGAGAGGUCUUUAAGGAGGUGACAUGUGAGCUGAGCCUUCAGUGACUAGAAGAACCAGGAUGGACUGGAGGAAGAGCAUUCCGGGCAGAGGAUAGAGCAAGUGCAAAGGCCCUGGGGCACAAGGAGUUUGGCGUGUUCCCAGUAAGAAAGAUCAGCUACAGCGCAGUGAGCCAGGGACAGUGGUGAGAGAUAAGGUCAGGCAGGAUGGGGGACUGGAGUGAGGAAUUUAUAUUUUGGCUUAAAUUAGCCCUACCCACUGAGAAACAUGGUCCAAUAGACACCCAUCUCUCUUCAAUCUCUCCAGUCCCAAACGUAAUCCAUCUAUAAGCAGGAGCCCAGGAGAGGAAGUGGAGGCACUGGAGAUGUUCCUCCAAUAGGACUCCCUCUCACCUCGCAGAAGUGGAGAACUAAGGUUCCUUCUGACAACAGUGACGGGGGUGGUUAAAAUCCUCCUUGCUGCUCUUCUCACUCAGGAGUGAAGUGAAUCCCACCAGAAAUGUGUUGAUUAGCACAGGGGAGUGGCUGGCCGCCAGGGUCUUCCUUGGGAAUUUCUUUGAUAAAAGACUUUUAAAAAUCCCCUUAAAAUCUGAUCUUGACCUCCCAGGCAUGUCUCCAAGUUAGGCAGGGAACCCAAGGGUCUUCGGGGUGUGAAGUCCCAGCCCCCAUCUCUGCUCUCUCUGUCUCCUUAGUCCUGCCUGUGUCUUCAUUUUUUUUCAUUUGUAAAAUAAGAAGGAUAAUAAAAUCUGCAUUGGAGCGUUGUCCUGAGGAUAGUCUACAUUAUCAUCAUCUUCAUCAUCUCCAGGGUUUACUCCAACCUGGCGGGGGCACAGGUAACAAGAGUGAAAAGGUACAACCAGUUUAGAAAUCUAGAAUUCUCAGCCCCAGCGACUGCUCUGGGCUUCCUCCCGUGGACCAAAACCAACCAAACA